UUUCUUUUAUUGAUGAAGCCCUUUAGGGAGUUGGAAAGUGCUCUAUGAAUAUGAAAGUUUCAUUCAUUCAUUCAUUCACGAUCACGAUUCAAAAAGCGUCCAUUCACUCCACUUUCUCUGCCUGUAACCUCUCUGGGUAGGAUUGUGUGAGUAGUAGCAUUCCAACAGAACCUUUAGUCCAUUUCCAUCUGGUUCCAGUAGCCCACUUUUCUACAGGGUCAUCUGGUCCUCCAGUCCCUGCGACGUCUGACUGUCAUGUGGUUCAAUGUCUCUCAUGGAUUAUGAGGUAAGUUGUAGGGCUAAGAGUCUUAACCAAGGACCCUCACCAGAUAUUUAAACUCACCAUUGUUAUGGUAAUUGCCCCAUCAAUAGUUCAUUCCUCCCCUGGAAAAAAAGGGGUUUUGAUCAAAGCUCUGUGUACCCACGUCUCACCCUGCUGUAGCACAAUGACAUCACUGUCUUUAUGAUGUCAUCACCACCCACCUGAUGCUAACGAUGACAUCACCAAAGAUGUUAACUCAUUUCAUCAGCUUAGGCCCAUGACACAAUGAUAUUGAUGAUGUCAUAUGAUGUCAUUUGAUGUCGUUUGAUGUCGUUUGAGGUCAUCAAAUAAUCUUUAUGAAUACACCCCGUUCUCACUAACUUCAGAUCUUUUGAGCAAAGCUGGUGAGCUAAGCCAACGGGAUUGAGACACACGAUCGAGACCUAACUGAAUUCUGACUGACGGAUUGAGAUUUUAAAGCAACAAUUCACUUUAAAAUGUCAGACAGCGUGAGUUUUACUGAGAUGAAAGUUCAAAACAAUUCUUUCAACAAAAUCAACAAGGUUUUGGCGGGAAUUCUUGAGCAAAAUUCUGCUUCCACCAAACACUUGGAAGAACUCUGCAAGGAUUUACCAACCAUGAAAACCUUGAAAAACCAACGCAAACAACUGAAAAACGUACAAAAAGCUGCUUCUGAGGAAAAGGUUAGACUGAUGAAGAAGGUAGAACAGAUUAGAAAAGCCAUGAAGAAGCAAAUGCUGGUGGAAGAGGAGUGUGAGGGAGAAAAACAAAAAAUCCGAGAGGCCUUUGAAAGCUUCAGGACUUUGAAAGAAGAAAUGACAGCUCUGCAGUCCAAACUAAGGCCACUCAAAGAGGUAGAAGCAGAACUUUCUGACAUGAAGUUUGAAAGAAGGAGCUUGGAAUCAGAGAACGCAGCUCUGAAAGCAGAACUCCCCAAACUCCAGAAGAAAAUGGACCGCAACGAACAGAUGGCAAAGAUGUACAAACAUGGAUUUGAUCAGUUCCACACUCUGGACAAGGAAACUGCUGCACUUAGGCAAUGCCGUGAAGAGCUACUGAAACAAGUAAAUGAACAUGAGAACAUGAGGAAAAUUUAUCCCAAAAUGAUGGCACAAAGAUGCCUGCUAGAACAGCAGAAGAAGAGACUGGAGGAGGAGAUUUCACAACUUAGACUGCAGGAAGACGAAGCAGGACAGCUGCUUUCUUACUUUAAGGGUCUAAAGGAUGAAAUGGAUUCUCUCAGAGAAGAAACCACAAAUCUCACAGUGAAGAGAAACAAACUGAUGGAUCUUCUUAAACAGCGAGAAACGUUGGAAUCCGAACACUAUGAAAUUAAAGCAGAAACCGUCACCUUGAACCAAAUCAAGACAGAUCUGAUCCUGGAAGUGGAAAAACUGCAACGCGAGGAUUCAGGCCAUGUGGAGAAAAAGCUUCAAGCUGUGAAGAAGGAAGAUGAGACUUUGAGGAAAGAGAUCAGAAACUUGGAGAAACAAGUUAAAGCUCUCCAGGAGAAACAAAAGGGGCAGCAGCAGAGGGACAAAGAGCUGGGAAUCCAAUUGAACCAGGAACAAUUAGAUUCACUGGAACAGGAGACGGAAGACCUGGAAAAAGAAAAGAAAAACUUGACAGACAUGAUCCAAAGUCUAAAAGAAGAAGAUUCCCAAUAUGAGGAAGUCAAAGCAAAAACAGCCAGUCGAAUGAAGAGAAACUUGGAGCUCAGCGAUCAAGUCUUAAAGCUGCAAGACCAAGUCCUGCAGUUUGGCGAUGUGGAAGAAAGAAUCCGUGCUGUGAAGGAGGCGAAUCUGAAUGCAAGAAAAGAAAGUUCUGUUCUACAGGACAAAAUCACAAAUCUAAAUGUUCAGGUUCAGACUCUGCAGCGGCAAACUAGAGCUUACCAGCAGGAGCUUCAUGAACUCCAAGACCAACACCAGGAAACAGACAAAAUGAAGAAAACAUUGACUACAAUUCUGGAAGAAAGCCGUGACCUACAGAAGCAAAAGGGAGAGCUUGAAACUGAGGUUCUAUCCAAACGACAGCAGUUUGCCAAAACCAAGGGCCUCACUCUCAAACACAAAAAGCAAAAAGAACAUUUGGAUCACCUGAAGCAGGAAACUGAGGAGCUGAAAGAAGAAAAGAACAAUUUGACAGAAAUGAUCCAAGAUCUGAAAGAAGAGGUUUCAGAAUGUGAGGAACUAGAAACAAAGACAGAGAAUCAGACCAAGACAAACUUGGAGCUCGGCAAUGAAGUCCUAAAGCUGCAAGACCAAGUCCUUCAGUUAGUCGACGUGCAGGAAAACAUCUGUGCUGUGAAGGAGGUGAAUUGGACCCAAAAGGGGGGAAGUCCUGAUAUACUGGAAAAAAUGAGUGAUUUGGAUGUUCAGGUUCAGACUCUACGACAGCAAACUGGAGCUUUACAGCAGGAAGUUACUGAACGCCAGAACAUGAAAGAAAACUAUCUGAAGAAAUUAAAGGAAAAAUCCAGACUGGAAAACCUGAAGAGAGAGCUGGAAAAUAACCUGCGAGGACAGAACAAAGAAUGCCAUUGGUAUUGGGUUGAUGCAUAACCAGCAAAAAAACUUUUUGGCUUCAUUUAAUCAAUAAAAACAU